AAAUUCUGUGAGAUACAUUGUUUUAAACAUAGAUCACCAACAAUAGUUACACAUAAAUUCACUUUUAAAAAGGCUUUACAUAAGUCAUCUUGUGGAUUAAAAUAUAUUGACAAGCGAACACCAUCAUCAUCAUCAUCAUCAUCGUAUUCUUCAACAGGUGGUUGGUGUUUCGUAAGAAGUUUUGGGGAAUUUCCUAAGAAAAAGCAUGAUGGAUUAUCAUCCAAUGACACAGAAACCAUGUCAUCUAACAGAAAAGGUAAUGGCCGAUUAACUUUAUUAAGUGGAUCGAAAAAUCGGCGUAUAAGUGGUCGCCAUCAUAGUGUACAGUACAAUAAAGAAAAUGAACAAUCUACUAAAAAUGAUCAAAAUUGUUUGGAUCCAAAUAAAGUUGGCAAAGAGAAUUUGAAUAUUGGUUUACGACGCAAUACUGUCUGUAGUACUACUGGUGCUUUUAAAUCGAUUAGAACACGUGGUUUGAUGGAGUUGAGAAAGUCUAACAAAAAUAAUAAUGUUGAACAAACGAAGAAACUAAAGUCGGGUAGUAAAAUGUUUUUGAGAAAUUCGUUAUUAAUUUAUUACUCGUAACAUAAUUUUUGUUCUUUUAUUUAUGCUAUUUAUGUGAAGUUAUCUAGCUUUUGGAGAUGAUUUACAUCAGUGCAUAAUACAAACUGGAUGACAGCCCCUUGGAAAUAGAUAAUAUCAGAGAUUAUUUAUAUCGGGACUCAGUAGUAAUGGACCAGUCAGACCCAAAACAGAAUCAGAAUUUCAGAUUAUAUAAUAAUUGUGUUUUUUGGUCAUUCAGUUAUCAGGGUUUUGUGAUUUUAGUCAAUCUUUCAUAUGGCACAAGUAUUGUCGGUGAAUAUACCUAGUCGUUGUCAACUCAGUCUCAGCCUACAGACCAGUCGUUCUACAAAAAAAUCAAUGAAAUUUAUUUCGUAACAAGUGACAAAUUAUAUGCGAUCUUAUUUUUACUCAGCUGCACCAUCGAUAUGUAUCUUACAAGAAAAAUCCAAAUCUAUAGACGAUUCAGUAGUAGGAUUGAUACAUUUUCGAAAGCUUACUCUAGAUGAUAAUAAUCUACAUAAAAUAACAGAUUGGAAUCAAAUUCAGAUUAAAAGUGAAGAAUGUAUUUUCCAAUGUCAAUCAUAUGAUCAAAUAGUUGAUGAACAAUUUACAGGAAUAAGUACUAGUCAGGAAAGUGAUUUGUACAUAUGCAAAAAGGAUAGAAGAUUGAUUAAAUGGUCUGUUUUAGAAAGCACCAAAAUGAUGACAGCGUUAUUCUUUGAUGAAUUACCAAUAAUUUUUGAAAAAGAGAUUAACAAUGGAAUAACAGGAAAUGAGAUUCUUUCUGAAUGCUAUCGUGAUAAUAAUAACAAUAGUUCCAACGAGAAAGUAAGACCAUACUAUAGUCAUCGUUCAGUGAUUUCACUGCCGCGAUCUGCAGCCGAUGAACAACAUUUGGGGGAAUUUCACUUAAACCAUGAACGCAUUUUUCGUUACUUAUUCAUCCAAGAUUUGAAAGCGGCUUCGUAUUAUCAGGCGAAUUUCUUGGAACGACAUGGUUUGACAGAAACUGUAAGAGCAACUCUUUGCGAUUGGAUGAUAAGAGUACAACAAUAUUUAAAGUUGCGCACAGAAUCAUUGCAUCUAGCUGUCAGUUUAGUUGAUCAGUAUACCUGGAGACAAAUAACUUUAUAUCCGUCAGAAUACCAACUACUUGGUGUUACAGCAAUAUUUAUUGCUGUAAAAUUCGUUGAACGCUUUCCUCCAGCAACUAAAAUUUUGUGUUAUUUAACUGAGGAUUCGUAUAAUUCUAAACAGGUGCUAGAUUUUGAAUUUAAAAUGUUAGAAGCAUUGGAUUUUGAUAUCAAUAUACCCUUACCGCAUCACUUUUUAGAUCGUGCAUUUGCAGCUUGUAAUGAUCUAACUCUAACUGGCAAGGCAAAGAUAGAAUUAGUUUGUCGUUAUCUUUUCGAAUUGAACUUAACUGAACUAUCAACUGCAGGUACUUUAGCUAGUGUAAAGUGCGCAGCUGGCGUCUACUUGGCACGUGAACUUAUACGAUUAGAGUAUGAAAAUGGAAAAAGCGAAACAGAUGAUAUUCGGAUUGAAACUAAUGGCAGUUUGGGUUUAUCAGUAACAUUUGAAACAUGGCCAAAAGCACUUGGCCUAAGUAUGGGACAUGAGGAUGUUACCAAUCUAUUGCCAAUGGUACUUACAUAUGUGCAAAAUAUUGUACGAACUUUACCAAUUUCCAAUAUAAACAACAGAAAUUACGAGGCUGCUUUUCAUAAAUUCAGUAAUCGAAGCUAUGGCCGAAUAGCUCAAUCUAGUUUGCUUUUGGACGCUGAUUAUGAUUUUAUUGUACAAGAUAUCAGAAGAAAAAUGGCAUCCAAUUCAAAGCGGACAAAUAUAGACUGUCCUGAAGAAGGUCGGAACGUACAGCAAACAACUUUAAGAAUGAACAUGUGAUAAUUACAGUUAGUCCCCCUAUUAUCCAGAUAGAAAGAUUCAAGAUCAAAAUAUUCAGCUCGAUCGAUUACACUUGGACAAAGAUGCCAAGGAGAAAAAUAUCUUCCUUAAUAGUUAAAUUAACAUUUGCUUCUCCCACCUGUUUAUUCAUCCGACGUUCUACAAUACAUAUUGUUGCUUUUCUCUGAAAAAUUACUUUACUGCAUAAAAUUGUAAUAACUUCGAUUCGUCGAAUUCGUUAUUUUCAUCAACUACCUACCUUCUUUUUUUCUUUUUACUGAGUGGCAUAAUAUAUAUUUUUUAUCAUUUA